UAUUUCUUUUAUUAAAUAUUAUAGUAUUAUUUUGUAUCUACCAAAAGAGUUAAAAAGAAGUUUACUGCUGUUUAAGUUACGGAUAAAGCAAUAAUGUCUUUACGACAAACCUGUAUUAAAACCGUCCCAAUUGAAGAAACGAGUUUCAAAAUACAAGCAGAGUUCUUUUAUCCAAAAAUAGUGGUAAUUGAAGAUAAACUUAUUCGUAUUUUGGAUUCAGUAAGUGAAGAUAAUUCUUGCCAAAAUUAUGUACAAAACUUUGAAACUAAAAUUAUUGAUUAUAUGGCUUAUGAUAACAUGCUAUGGCUCGCAUUUAAAUCUGGGGAAGUUGUUGUAGCUAAUCCUCACAACAACUCUAUUCUGAAACUAGAAAAUACUGGCUAUUCUACGUACAUAAUCCACCAAUUUGUACAGUACAAUAAUCAACUUUAUAUCCUCACUGAAAGCGGUGAAUACCUAACGACAUCUGUAUCUCCAAAAGACAUAAAAAGUAACCUAAAUAAUGGAACUGCAAGUUUGUCUAUGUCAUAUGAAAAGGUGCACAUACCAAGAGUUAAAAAGGAUGAAAUGAAAAUUUGGUCUAAUGGAAUUAUGUAUCAAUUGUGUUCUGGUAACAUAAAAAUUCAGUGUCCAGUCACCGGGCUCUGGGAAAUUUUGUCCCUGAAUGUGGAGAUCCAGUAUCUACGAUUAUGGAGCAACAUGAUGGUCUUGGCUAGUCUCAAAAAAAUGUGGCUUAUUGAUGCUAAAACUUAUAACACACUUUUUGCCUUUGAUGAAAAUAAUGGAAAAUUUUUACCAUUAGCAGCUCAUGAAAACACAUUUUACUAUUUAAAUUGGUAUGAUAAAGAGAUUCAAAUUUGCUGUGCCAGCAUAUCUCAAGAUGAAAACCAGCUUUCAACAGGUGUAUUUUACCCUCAACAAAAGUCUACAAGUCAGGAUUUGUUAGUAAGGGAAUUAAAAUCAUUGGUUAGUAAAAUAAUUUCAGAAAAACUGCCUCACACUGAAGUAUUUAACAAGCUCAAGAUAUAUUUCACUGAGAUACAAGAUAUCGAAUUUCUCAUAAACAUAGCUACGCAAUUAUGCCACCACAAUAUUGCAUGCAAAAUUGUAUUGUACCAACUUCAAAAGAGAAUCUUUGAAAACAGCUGUAACCAAUAUAAAGACCUAUUGUGCGACAUCAUGAUAAAAGUGGAUCUUCUAGAAUACAUUUAUUUUAAAAGAAAUGGGUAUGAGUAUUUAAACAUAUUUGAAAAAUCUUUUAUAGAAUUAUGUUCUCUGUUUAUAUCCAAGUCAGAUAUGGAUUUGGCUUCUAUAUGUUGGCUGAAGUAUUCGGAGAUUAAGCAAGACAUUAGUCACGAAGACAUAGUUAAUAUAUUAAAUGCCAUUCCACAUAAUAUCAAAAUGAGUGCACUCGUGAUAUGGUUGAGAAAUUUUGCUCCUACACUGCUUGAACAAAAUCCAUUCCAUAUUGACUUAUUUGUCAAAUGGACAACAGAAAGAGUUUUUCUCCUAGAACAAUCAUCAUACUGGCCAAAGAUAGGACUGAAAUUUAUAACAGCAAUAGUAGAAAUACUAGAAAAAUCAAUUAAAACUGUUAACAUAAGACUUAUCUCAAUAGAUGAUUUGGAUUCCUUAAAAAGCCACAUAAAUUACAUUUCGGAUUUAAAAGAAAAAUAUAGAAUUAACAUGCUGUUAAAUGAAUUCAGUUCCUUGAGUCCCAUGGAAAUUGCUCUAAUAAUGCUAAGGCGAUGUUACACAGAAGAUUUGGCAGCUUUCUUACAAGAAAACUUGACUAGCUAUGCUUCCCGUAAUUCAUUUGAAAUGGAUGAUGCACUGAGGUCCUUUAUAGAAAGUGAAACGGCUAGCAGUGGCGGAAGUGUGGAUGGCCAACGGUUAGAAAUUUUGCUUAAUGCCUUUCAUUCACCUAGCAAUAAGUUGGACUGUUUGUUGCAAGUUCUGAAAGUAUUAGAUGUUCCUUGGAAUCCUACUGUUCUGAACAUUGCGACUGAAGCCGCUCUUUUGGCCAAUACUGAUUUUACAAUAUCUGAAUCAGAUAAAUUCAUAGCUCAGGAAAUAUACACUGAACUAAAUUUUGCAAAAAUUAAGGUAGUUUUAAAAAAAUAUAACUUUCCCCUAACAUGUACGGACUACAUGUUAGUUAUUCAUAAAAUAGUUAAUGUGUCUGAAGUCAAUUUAGAAGAUUUAAAGGUAAUUGCAAAUAUAAUGACUUCGUACACUCACUAUGCAAACACUUUGUAUAUUAGUCGAUGUCUGCAUGAUUGUGAAACAAGGAUGGCACUGGACUAUUUUAAAGACCUAUCAAAUUGCAACAAAAGAGUCCUCAUUAAAACUAUUGAAAUUAAAUAUGAACAAGUAAUUAACGGCGUUACAAGCAACCCCAUAAUAGAGAGAAACUAUCUGGAUUUUUUGAAAGGAAGUAAUUUAUUACAUAAAGAUAAAGUAAAAUAUCUUGAAAAUUUGUAUCACCUAAAAAAUUCGUAUGAAUUGAAGACCAGCUUAAACAAUAUGUGCUCUGAAAAUAGUUGCCAAAGUUUACUGAAUACUUGGAAAACUGAAAAGGGUAAUAUUAUUAGCUCCAGCAGUGGCAGAUGCAUUACACAACUUGUUGAUGAACACUUUUCGCAGCACUCGGAAAUUACAAAAUUAUUAAAAAGGGCAGCUACAAGUCAAGAAAUCCGAAAAAUAAUUGAAGACCUAAUAUUUUCUGAUUCAGAUGGCAAUAAGAAAAAAUCUGUACUAUCUUUAUUUAUUGAUGGACAGAAUUCGGAGCUAUUGUUAAGCUCAUAUGAUAUUUUAUGCGAAAUAGUUAUUCACUGCAAAGAAGAGACCAUGCACUUCUUAUUGCAGAGUUUAUCUAUGCUUAAUUCUCUUAAAAAUGCUCACUUUAUACUUAAAGACCUUUCAGUGGCUUGGAAAUAUCAGUAUGUUUUCCUUCCUAUGACAUCAAUUAGUGCAUUAAAUGAAUUGAUUCAUUUUUAUAGUAAAACACCUAUAGAAGAUACAACUGAGGUUGAGUUGGCUAAUAUUUUCAAUACAAAUGAUUUCAUUCCAUUUAGAGUCUUACCACCCAUUUUAGAGGAUUCAAAAUCUUUGGUGCAAACAAUCAAUAUGCUAGAAAAGUUCACAAGGAAAAUUAUUAUAAAACUAAUUUCUUCUCAGGAAAUUGACUUUAUUUUGCUAACAUCCCUAUUAUUGCUAUUAGAAAAUACAAUUGCUGUUGAGGACCAAAUGUGGAUUUUAGACUUGCUUCGUGGUCAAUCAGAUUCAUUCUCUCCUCUAAUUAUAAACUACCUCUCCUUGCCAGUGAUACGAAAAACAUUCUCAUUAGAAGGCAUUUUGCCACGGAACAUUAUGUCAUAUCCACCACAGUACAUAUUAAAAUUGAAAUUCAGUAUCAAUUUAGAUGAAAUUACUCUUCCUGAAAGUAAUGAGGAGACUUGGGAUGUUAAGGUUUUAUUAUUCUAUAUCCUGAGAAAUGUUCCCAAUAUGCCUUUUGAAAAAAUAAUAGACUUGUGCCAUACAUUAAAUAUUUCUGAAAGUGACGGCCUUUCCUUGUACCUGAUAUCAUUAUUGAGCAAUUGGGAACUUAAAUAUAAAAUAGUAGUUAAUGAUGUUGGGUACAGGAAUAUACACAUAGAAAAUCAUGAACAAGAGCUGGCCACAAAAUGUAAUGUUAUUUGGCAAAACAUAGAAAAUAAGGAUUUUGUGAGAGAUAUACUGACAGACUUCUGGAAAAGUGGUGAGGUGAUAAUACAUGGUUGUCUUGUCUCAGUCAAUCCUUACUAUUAUGAAGUGUUUCUAUGUAUUUACCAAUUAUUAUAUGCUUCAUCUACUGAGUCCCGAAAUAUGAAAGAGUACUAUUUACUUCAUUUUCUUAGCCAGUAUAAACGAAAGAGUCCUCCAAAACAAUAUGAAUUCGAACUGUUUUCUGAAAAGGGCAUAUUUCCAGAAAUUGGCCACUAUCGCCUACCGUUCCACCUAUUUAUGCGCGAGGAUAUGUGGUCCAAUUUGAAAUCGGAAAUCACAUUAGAAACAUAUGAAUCCUGGUUACCUGUCGUUUCUCUGCUCUCGUUGGAUCCUGAUUUACAAACUGCUAAGGACAUGAUUUGCAGUAACGCCGUUAAACAAACAAUGACGAAUCGUAAAAGAACUGAUAGUACUGAAGCCGAAUCAAAGGAUAGCGAACCCUGGCGUUUGACCACACGUGAAGAGCCUCUGCUUCGCACCGCCCACAGGUGUGUCCGACAUAUCGCUAACAUGGAAUGGGCAGGGGCAUGUCUUUUCUAUGUGCUUCAAGGCUGUGCAAGAGGAGCGGAUCAAGUAGCUGCAGCGCAACUUUGUUACCAAUUUUCUCAACGCUGGGCCUCGCUGCAGCCGGGAAAUCGUGCAGUUAGACAGAUGGAACGCUUACACUCGACGCUUUCGACGCGCCACGCCCUCCAUAAAAUAGAAUGGGCGUGCGAAGAUUUACUCAAACUUGUGUCCGAGCCGACUCAGCUUAUCCACACUCUAUACAGCCAUCCCAGUUUCAUUGAUAAGAUCGGCCGACAUGACAUAAAUCGUGUAGCUAAUGAAAUAGCCGAUAAAAACGCUAUAAACAUAAGCUCUAUUAGAAUUCAAAUCCUUGAGAAUAUUUUAAACAAAACAAAAAAAGAUCAAAAGUUCUCACCCGGUUUAGCCACCACAGACUUGAUAAUUGCAAAAUAUAUUCUCAAAGCCACUCAUCCCAAAAUGGGCGCCAUAUAUCUUUCUAGAAUAGCCUUUGAUGAGGACACUGAAUACAACAAAUGCAAGAAGUUAAGAGCACUCCAGUGUCUCCUGAGCGUGAUAGAUCCUGAAAAUGCUGUGAAAGUAACAAAUCGUAAACGUGACGAGCUUUGGUCGUCAUUAUUAGAUCUAUUAUACAUUGUGCACAUUGAGAAAAUAGAUAUGCCCUGGGUGAUAUCCACUUACACUCAAAACAAGCAACUUGCUAUAAGUCAACUUUUGCAAACGUCCAGUGGUAAUUUGGAAUCUCUGAAAAUAGCAUCCGAAAUGGCUCAUAGAUUUGGUAAUGCACAAAUUAUAAGAGAGAUGAUUCCAUUGAUGCUUCGUCAUGGCGUCUAUGAAGAGAUGAUCCCCCUAUUAUUGAAAACCUUGUACCCACCAGACAAGUUGAUUUAUACAGCAUGGCGUGUUGUUAUAUUGAGCCCUUUUCAACAAGCCGAUUACCCUAUCACUGAUCGUCAAAAGGCCAAGUGUCUAAAUGCUUUGAAUCUCUUACCAAUUUGUCCCGUGAUAAAAGAUGAGGAUCUAAUUGAAAUCUGGAAAAAUUGUGUCAGGUGUAAAAAUCUAGGUCUCGGGUGCUUAAUUCUUCCAUACAUGACGUCCCAAGCGAGACAAUCAUUGGUGGAGUUAAAUAAAAUUGAUAAAAGGAACUUAAUCAUUGCUCUAAAGAAUUUACACACAGAAAGUUACUUGGUAUCAGGGGCAAUGUAUGUUUUAGAAAAUUUGACGUCCAAAGUACACAGAAAAUGAUGUAAAUAAUUAUGUAAUAGGAUUCUAAAAGCAUAAUAUU